AUGUCGGAGCGCGUCCUGGACGCGAAAACGUGGCGGGCGGAGGCCGAGGCCGUGAUCGAGGACGUGCGGGACCACGCGACACGCAUCCGCGUCAGCGACAAAGUGCCCGCGACCGAUUCGGCCGUGUAUAUCGACGUCGAGACCCUCGAGGGGCGCGAACUGCGCGUCGAGUUGUCGGCGAAAGGUUUCCGAGUGUGCGGGGACCCCGGCCCCUUCUUCGAGACGCCGUACAGCUUGCUCGAGUCCGUGAGCCCGAAGUUCAGGCAAUCGUUCGCCGCCGCGUUGGCGGCGAAACUCGUCAGCGUACGCGACGAGAGUUCACGAGUCGGCAACGCCGCGCUACCGUUGCCAACUUUGGACGACGACAGUUGACAGUUUUU